CUAGCUGUGGCUGCACAUGUGUCCCCCUCCGUCCCUGAGAAGGGCUCGCAGCCUGCCUGGGAGGGCCUGCCCCUGCCCUGCACAGCUGAUGCACUUCCAGGAAGGUUGGAGGUGUCUGGGGCCUGCCCCGGGGCGCUUCUGGGCCUGGAGGCCACACCCAGCACCCGCAGGGGCCCUGGCUUGCCAGGCAUCCUCCACGCUGCGUCGCACUUGCUGCCACCAACUUCCUGGUCGGCCCUGGUCCUCAGUGCUUGCUGUGCAGCAGUCGGGUGACUUCGCCUUCCACCUCACGCACGUGAAAAUGGUCUUGUUUCCGGCCGUUCUGAUCCAGGAGCAGAAUCUUCCCUCCGUGAGGAGAACAGGUCGGGACCAGUGAGGCCGGCUCCAUGUAUCCGGAAUCGACUACGGGCUCCCCAGCUCGGCUCUCCCUGCGGCAGACCGGCUCCCCCGGCAUGAUCUACAGUACUCGGUACGGGAGUCCCAAAAGACAGCUGCAGUUUUACAGGAACCUGGGCAAGUCGGGCCUGCGGGUCUCCUGCCUGGGGCUCGGAACAUGGGUGACCUUCGGAGGCCAGAUCACCGAUGAGAUGGCAGAGCAGCUAAUGACCUUGGCCUACGACAAUGGCAUCAACCUCUUCGAUACUGCAGAAGUCUACGCAGCUGGCAAGGCUGAAGUUGUGUUAGGAAACAUCAUCAAGAAGAAGGGCUGGAGACGGUCCAGCCUCGUCAUCACCACCAAGAUCUUCUGGGGAGGAAAAGCGGAGACCGAGAGGGGCCUUUCCAGGAAGCACAUAAUAGAAGGUCUGAAGGCCUCCCUAGAGCGGCUGCAGUUGGACUACGUGGACGUGGUGUUUGCCAACCGCCCGGACCCCAACACGCCCAUGGAAGAGACCGUGCGCGCCAUGACCCACGUCAUCAACCAGGGGAUGGCCAUGUACUGGGGCACAUCGCGCUGGAGCUCCAUGGAGAUCAUGGAGGCCUACUCCGUGGCCCGGCAGUUCAACCUGAUCCCGCCCAUCUGCGAGCAGGCCGAGUACCACAUGUUCCAGCGCGAGAAGGUGGAGGUGCAGCUGCCCGAGCUCUUCCACAAGAUAGGAGUGGGCGCCAUGACCUGGUCCCCUUUGGCCUGUGGCAUCGUUUCCGGAAAGUAUGAUGGUGGCAUCCCACCCUACUCGAGAGCCUCCUUGAAGGGCUACCAGUGGCUGAAGGACAAGAUCCUGAGUGAGGAGGGCCGGCGCCAGCAGGCCAAGCUGAAGGAGUUGCAGGCCAUCGCCGAGCGCCUGGGCUGCACCCUCCCCCAGCUGGCCAUAGCCUGGUGCCUGAGGAAUGAGGGGGUCAGCUCCGUGCUCCUGGGCGCUUCCAGCGCGGACCAGCUGAUGGAGAACAUUGGAGCUAUACAGGUCCUUCCAAAACUGUCGUCUUCCAUUAUCCACGAGAUCGAUAGUAUUUUGGGCAAUAAACCCUACAGCAAAAAGGACUACAGAUCCUAAGAAGCCCCGGCCACUUGCCCGGACAGUUUCCAUUUCCCUCCUAGUCUCUGUUCGCUCGCUUAAGCUGUUCUGAAUCCAAGUCAAGAGUGUGGUUCGCAUCAAAAAGAAAACAACGCACCAAGACGUCAUCGGGAAAAGAUCUCUAAGUCGCUGCAAGACUCCGUCUGCUGCUUCGCAAGACCGAUGUCAGAUCGUGCCAGGGAGACGGCAUUGAUUAGGAAGGACAUUCGGUCAGUCCCACCCAAGCCCGCCGCCUCUGCUCAUCCUCCAAGAAGAAACCACCACGUGUUCUCCCAGCCAUGGCCCUUCUCAGAGACUCCUCAAGUCCAGGCCAAGCCGAGACCCGGUUGGGUCCUGUGGGCAGGCAGGGCUGGCCUCUCCUCUGCCAAGAACCCCCACCUGGUGUUGGGGGAGGGAAAGAGGACACCGGAUCUGGCUCUUCCUGUGUCCCCCUCUGCCAGGGCCCUGGCUCUCCCCACUGGGGGUUUCCCUCUUGCCAAGGGCUCUGGGUUCAUUCCACCGGGGCUGACCUCAGAUUCUUCCCCAACCCCCUUCUCCACCACCACCCACCCCAGUGGGUCUCUGAGGGGCCUUCCGUUCUGUCCCUUGACACCUACCUCCUCCCUUGCUGGCAGGGGCAGGGAUCCAGGGGGAUUGGCUCUGCAGUUUGGGACACACAAAAAGUUUGGAGGUCUGAUUUCCAGCUCAUCGCCCUCAUCUUCCUCCCUGCACACAAUUGAUGAGCCCCAUCGCAGGGAGGCCCGGAGCACUUGGGAGGGGGCCUGGGGGAGCAGGCUCCAGCCCAGGUCUCUCCAGCGCCUUGCCUGCCCUCCCUGCUGGGUUCCCAGUCUAUUACCCCUGUCCUUGCCCCAGAAGGCCCUGAGGUCGUGCAUGCUUAGCUGGACUGUGGCUGCUGACCACACAUGGGGCGGCCUGCCUCUGCUCUGCCCCAGGGUGGUGGCCUUGGGGUCUGCAGAGAGAACAUGCUGAGACCCUUUCACUGAAGGAGGGUCGGGUCCCUGGGGAUUUCCAUGCUGCGUGCCCAGGGGCUGGGGGCCUGAACACCCAGCAGCAGCCCCCUCAAUAUAGGAAAAGACCCUGGGAGCCUCUCCCUGGAGAGGUGCCCCUUCGAGGCCC